UUUCACUCCCGCUCGUUUAUCGCAACCAAAAUCACAAGCCCAGCGGACUCCGACUGGUAUCUUCAAGACCAGGGUUCUAGCACAUAUCAGCAGGAUAAUCCGAUACCAUCAUCACCCAUUCCCUCAACAGUAUUCCUCAGGAUCUUCGCGUCCGCAUCUGCAGCCAAAACACUGUACCCAGGCUUGGAAGCCAUCGUUAUCAUGACGACUGACUAAUACACUCCCUGCUAUCAACCUAUGCGAUUCGUGCUUCCCACUCCAUCUCAUUAUCAAGCGACUCUAUCGCUUUACGCUCUUCUGUUCUCAACCUCGCCCCAGCGAAACCAUGUUAAUGCCCGCACCUGUGUGGGACGGGAUUUCACAGCCAUCACAGCCAUCUGACCUCUAGUGAGGCUGUCGCGAUAGCUCCGCAGACAUCUUCAUCACUCCGUCACCAUGUCUGGAAAGCCGGACCCCCAAGAGGCGACGGCUGAAAACACUUCUACCAACCCCACCGAGCCACUUCCAUCCGCCGAUAAGACCAACCCCGCCGAAUCCCAAACACAAUCCAACCCGAAAAGCAAAAACAAGAACAAGGAGAAAGAUACAAGUGCUGCUAGUAAACGAAGAUGUGUUAGCACCGCAUGUGUCGCGUGCAGGAAGAGGAAAUCAAAAUGCGACGGCAAUCUACCAAAAUGUGCCGCAUGUGCCUCAGUUUACAUGACCGAAUGUGAAUAUGCCCCACACACGGAUCACAGAAGGAAGGGAGUUUAUAAGAAAGACGUUGAUGCCUCCAAGGCUAAGAAUUCUACUCUCCACAUCCUCAUCCAGGCUAUUUUGAAUGCCGAGGAGGACGAGGUCAUGGAUCUUGUCCAUCAGAUCCGCACCUGCGAUAGUCUGGAAGAACUCGCCCAUGCCAUCGAAAACCAAGAAACGGGUGCUGUCGAGGACAGUGUCCCCGAUUCACCUAUCUACGGCAGUGAUUCUGGAGUCGCCCAGUUCGAGGCAGAGCUCUCGGGCAAAAUGGGAGAUCUAAUGCUCGAUGGCUCUGUCAAAUUUAUCGGAGGAACGUCCAAUCUGAUUUGGCUACCACCCGAAUACGAGCCGUCCUUAACUGCCCCCCCUCAAAAUCAAAUUCACAGCGUCGUACGCCCUCGUGAGGAAGCAGUCAUCUCAUGGACUACGGUCACCCAAGACAAGGAGCUAAUUCUCCAUUUAAUCAACAUGUAUUUUUGCUGGCACUAUGCCUUCUUCACCACUCUGGCAAAGCAGCUCUUCUAUCGCGACUUUCUGACGGGCACCACUUCGCAGUACUGUUCACCGCUUCUGGUAAAUGUUAUGCUUGCCCUUGGUUGCCAUUUCUCUACUCGACCUGCUGCAAGGGCAAACCCUGACGACUCCAGCACUACGGGCGACCACUUUUUCGCAGAAGCCAAACGACUGCUGUACGAAAAUGAUGAGUUUGCCAACGCUAAGCUAUGCACUGUUCAAGCUCUGGCGUUGAUGUCGGUUCGAGAAGCCGGAUGUGGACGAGAAAGUAAAGGGUGGGUUUAUAGUGGUAUGAGCUUCAGAAUGGCGGGCGACUUGGGACUCAAUGUCGAUGUCUCCCCCAUGAAUGAAUCUUCGCGGCUCCCGGAGGAAGACAUCGAUGCCAGAAGGAUCACAUUCUGGGGGUGCUUUUUAUUCGACAAGUGUUGGUCAAACUAUCUCGGCCGUCAACCGCAGUUGUUACCGUCAAACAUCACCGUCAAAAAGCCAGAUGUAUUUCCCACGGAAGACAGUGAAAUGUGGUCGCCAUAUACAGACAGCGGUAUCGUUCAAGCACAUGCCCAACCCGCACGGACACGAGCUGUUGCGCUACAGCUUUCCAAGCUGGCAGAAAUCUCCAGCGAUCUCCUGACAUCAUUCUACAACCCUGCUCAACUCGACAAACCUCUCCCUAAGCAAACGGAGUUGAAGAGGCUGAGUGACUUGCAUACCCGGUUGGAAGCAUGGAAACAGGCACUUCCCGCCGAGUUGGAGCCCCGAGAUGGUCAGCUCCCACAGGCAUUGUUGAUGCACAUGUUUUUCCAACUUCUUUACAUUCACCUUUAUCGUCCCUUUCUCAAGUAUACCCGGACCACGUCCCCUCUCCCCUCCCAUAUCUCACCACGCAAAUUCUGUACCCAAGGAGCCGCAUCCAUUUCAAAACUCUUCCGCGUUUAUAAACGUACAUAUGGGCUCCGUCAGAUCUGCAAUAUUGCCAUCUACAUUGUCCAUUCGGCAUGUACGAUCCAUCUACUCAACCUGCCGGAGAAAAACGCACGAAGAGACAUCAUUCAUGGCAUCAAGCAUCUUGAGGAGAUGGGUGAGUGCUGGACGGCAGCGAGAAGAACAUUGGCUGUGUUGCAGGUAUGCGCUGAGAGGUGGAAGAUCGAACUACCUGAUGAAGCAGCAAUGAUCUAUACUCGGGCACGCAUGAAAUGGGGUGACAGUCUUGCGGUCAACGCCAAUGUCCCAUCACCUCAAAGUCAGAAUAUUGCUCAAAUUAUGCGAGUAAUCAGUUCUCAACCAACGCAGCUGACCGAUCUAAUGGCUCGCAAUAUCAUGUUACAGCAGCAGCAGCAACAGCAACAACAGCAACGACAGCAGCAAGAACAGGACUGGUCGAACGUUCCCGGGAAAUCGGCCAUUCCGCAGCAAUUUGCUGGAAUCUCAUCUGCCCUCGCACCCAGUCCCAGUGGCACGGUCGAUAGGCGUCGUUCAUCUGAUGGGUUAUCCUUGCCACCUACAACUGCGGCAGAUCUCUCGCGAAAUUUGAGCAAGGUUCGAGCCUCAACCUAUCUAACCCAAGCCCAACAAGAUGCUUGGAAUACUCACACGGCACGGAUGAAGUCUGCGACGGCAUCUGCCAGUGGAAGUGGAGCAGCUCCCGCACGGGGCGGCGAAGCAGCCAAGUUGUUUGGUGGCAUUGACAGUCUAAUGGAAGAGACGCAGGAUUGGUUCUUUAAUGAUCAGAAUCAACUUGCAACAGGAUUUGAGAACUGGGGAGAGGGGGAUUCGGGGGACAUGGGUGGAGAUAAUCGAGGCUGGGGUACCCUCGACCUCGACUUUUUCGAAACUGAUGGUCCUAAUGGCGUGAAUCAACAAGGAAAUGGCAACGGGUCGCAUGAAACCAGCAAUAUGGCGACAAACGAAAACUCUCCGGCGUAUAUCAACGGCGAUAUGGUGUACGGGUAUAACGGAUAUACAAUGAACAAUACUGGCGCUGCUGGGUUGGACGCCAGCGGAAACUCGAUGGGCAAUGGAUAUACACAACAGUAUCCGGGGUACUUGAAAGCUGGCGCCAACGGUGGUGGGAACAAGAAUCCUGGUGGUGGUUACGGAGGAUCAAGUUCUGUGAAACCAGAAUAUGGAUAUAAACGACAACAUCCGUUGGAAGACCGAGCAUUUGAGGAUGAUAUGUAUUAUUGAGGUUGACUUGGAGUUAUGGUUCUAAGGUCAUCUGAAGCCGACGGUGGGCAUGUUUGCCUUUUGUCAGAUGAGUGAAUGAGUGGAUAGAUGGUUUGGAUAUACCAUAUACAGUGAGACUAGAUGGGUAGACGUCGUUGGAUAACUGGUUGGCCAGGCUACUGUCGAUAGGAUCGAGGACGAUUUAAUGACGACGACGAUGAUGAUGAUGAUGAUGUGGAGCUCGAGAAAUGAGCAGACAUGGCAUGAUACAUGGCGUUUUCAAUGUGAUGCAUCUGUCUCAGUUUUAAUAAGCAAUAUAAAAUGAGGUAUUGAUA